AUGCAUCAUUGCAUCUGCUCAUCAUCCACUCUCACAAAGCGAGUUGGUGGACUCGCCCCUUAUGUCUCGUUAAAGUAUCAUCCCAACUUUAGCCUCAUCAGUUGUCUUCGUAAGAUUGCUACGCUCGAAUCGAAUCUUACGAUGAGCGAGACCACACAGAUCUUUGGAUUCCGGGGAGUUCGUAACUCCCGUGUGCUGCGUACAGAGUACUGUAAAGCUUACUCUCCACCAUCUCCGGUACUGAGAAAGGGGCGCGGACCACUUUUCUCGGGAAAAGGUGGGUUUUCUCUCAGCCAUUGCCCUCACUGCCCCCCUGCUUUUGUACAAGAAGGGUAGAAAUCUGGAAAAGAAUUGGGGAAAAAAAAGCGAGCUAAAUCACCCCCCACGAUCUCAGACGGCGCUCCCCCUUCGCAUGGCAGAAGAGGAGCAAAAGGAGGAGAAACCCUCCCCUCCCAUCAUAACCCUAAAGGAAAGCGACGGUGACAGGGAGAACAUACUUUCUUCUCGAGUGAUUUCUUUGCUGUGGGGAGAUUUGACUGGAUCGGCACAGGCGUUUGAGAAAUGGGUAGCGCUGGUCCGUAAGCGCAGCGGGAAGAUUCGGCCAUCAGGUUUUCCUCACCGGCAUCCCAAGGGUGAAACAAUGCCUAUCUCGUGCUUCGUUACCAUCCAUCAUCGAAGUACUGAAAUAUCAAAUAUGCAAGAAUUAAGUUGUGAUUCAAGUAAUAUACAAAUAUGUGUCCAGCCUCCUGAGACGAGUUUGUGGGAAAGGCUUGGAAGUGCUUCUGUUUUGGACAUCGAAUCCAAUGAUUUCUCUUGGGAUGCUUUAAUGUCUCUGCAUCAUACAGAGCAUACAAGCAGCAGUGAGCAUUCUGAGGAUGAGAUGAAUAAAGCUAUGGAGGUGACUGUCAAUUCUGGAGGAGUUGUUUUCUUUGUUCUAUUCAACUCUAAUACUGAUGGCCUAACAUCAAAUGAAGCAGCAGCGGUAAUAAAGAUUGCAUCCUCCAGGAUGGCCACACAGUCGGAGCGCUUGGGUUAUGAAUUUGCUAGAUGGCUUGGAGUGCAUACACCUCAAGCAAGAGUGGUACAUAAUUCCACUCCUGAAUGGCAUCAGAUUAAGGAUGCUACAGAAAAAGCACGAGAUGCAGCAAUUUCAGCCAGAGAUGAAGUUGGUGAAAUAACUUGUUCAGAGUUGUUAGAAGCUCUUGAAUUGAGUCGGUGCCUUUUCCUAAUGAACUAUGUACAUGGAUCAUCUCUUCUUGAGAGCUCAAAUGCAUUUCAAACACGGGAAGCCGCUGCAAAAGCUGCUGCAGCACUUGGAAGGGUUUUGAUGUUAGAUCUUAUACUUAGAAAUGAGGAUAGACUACCUUGUCCUCAACUGGGGUGGCGGGGCAACUAUGCAAAUCUCUUAGUUGCAGAUAAGGUGGCCUCUGAAAACAUGGAUGCAGUGUGUGAAGCCAGUUCUGCUACUAGAAGCUGUGGACCACAGGUUACAAGGUUUCUACAGAAAGAGAAAAGAUCUAACUCGGCAAAUGGAAGGUUACAUCCCCAUGUCAAGGACCCUUCAUGUGAGAGCUCGGAUUCAUUCAGUGAGUUCAGCAACAAAUUGGUUAAGAUAGAAAAUGCAGAGGAUUACAACAAUGGUGAUUUUUAUGUUGUGGCCAUUGACUCUGGAGUGCCUCGACGGCCACCUGCAGGAAAACGUGCAAAAGAUCAGGAACGAUAUCCAAAGCUCGUUGAGCUGUUACUUAACAAUGUGGAUUACUCUUCCAAUCUGUUAUAUGAGAUAUCCGGAGGUAGAUUGGGAAAUCCUGUAUCUGGUGAGGCUAAUUCACCAAACUUUUCCUGCUCUUCCCUUAAUGAUACUGACGCUGCAGCGAUUGUUAAUGAAUUUCGUGGAGGAUUUCGUGCAGCUCUUAGGGACCUUCAGAGUUUCCAUUUAUUUCUCCUUACACUCUACCAGAAAUUGGAUGGCCUUUUACGUGUUUUUCUGUCAAUAAUUAGUAAAAGCUCUGGAGAUUCUGACAGAGAUGAUAUGGGCACUUUGGAUUUACCUUCUAACUCGGCUGGAUUUGGUUGCAGUACUCCUUCACCUGCAUUCAAGCAGCACAUUGCAACUGAAUUAAGCAACUGUAUAAUGCAGAAAGCUACUCCAAAAUCUUCACCGCCAGGAUCACGAGGAAGCCCUGAAUCAGUUUCUCCUAUCUCUCGUGAGAACUGGAAUGGCAGAUACUUCAAAGGAAGUGAAGAACCUUCUCGUAGUCUUCGGUUGACAAUGAAGCUUCGUGAUUUUCACAAGUUGCCGAAGGUAGAUGCUGAACUGAACAAAGAGAUUGACGAGUGGAAUGCAUUGCUUCGUGCUGAUGUGGUUAAAUUUUGCCUGGAAAAGAAUUUUAAUACAGGAUUCUUUGAGGGCAGUGAUAAUAAUAUUGUCGUUGAUGCUUAUGAGUUGAAGGUCCGACUUGAACAUAUUCUCGAAAGGAUAGCUUUGAUUUCUGAUGUGGCAAGUACUGAGAGGCCAUCUCUUGUUACAAAUAACCUGUUUAUUGGUGGGGCUCUAGCUGCAAGGUCCAUGUACACCCUUCAGUACUUGGGGAUCACACAUAUUAUGUGCUUGUGCUCAAAUGAGAUUGGACAGUCAGAUUCUCAAUAUCCUGACCUCUUUCAGUACAAGAACUUCUCAAUAGGUGAUGAAGAGGAUACAGACAUCAGCGAUAUCUUUGAGGAGGCUUGUGAUUUCAUUGAUCGUGUUGAAUACUCAGGAGGAAAAGUUUUGGUUCACUGUUUCGAGGGAAAAAGUCGGAGUGCAACUGUCGUGCUGGCUUACUUAAUGCUAAGAAAGGGUUACACGCUAUCUGAAGCAUGGAACAUCCUGAAGAAGGUUCACCGCCGAGCGCAGCCCAACGACGGCUUUGCUAAAGUUCUUUUAGAUCUCGAUAGAACAAUACAUGGAAAGACUUCUAUGAAAUGGCAGCACAAGAGACCUGUGAUGAAGGUGUGCCCAAUCUGCGGAAAGAACGCUGGCCUGAGCACAAGCUCACUCAAGCUCCAUCUCCAGAAGUCCCACAAAAGGAUUUCCUCAGGGAGCGUCGAUAGUGCCAUGAUAAUGGAGAUACAGAAGGCCGUCGAGGCGCUCAAGAUUAAUCGUGGAAGCAGCAUCAGUCCAGCUCAGAAGCAGCCUCAAUCCAUCAUCGGCAGAUUCUAGCAUGAGAGACAGGGAGCGUCGAUAGUGCCAUGACAAUGGAGAUACAGAAGGCCGUCGAGGCGCUCAAGAUUAAUCAUGGAAGCAGCAUCAGUUCAGCUCAGAAGCAGCCUCAAUCCAUCAUCGGCAGAUUCUAGCAUGAGAGAAGCUUCAGAUGAACAAGGCAUUAGUGGCAUGGUACUGCUGCUCCUCAUCGAGAUCUAAUGAUCCAAUCCAACCUAAUAAUUGUAUGGUGGUGUUCUUGUGCAGCAUCGCUUGAUGGUACACGGUUUCAGUUUGUCUCUUAAUCACUCGAGUCAUAUUGUGGUUAUACAAAGACGCAAAUCAAUCGAAUAUGAAGCCACUUUUAUACAAAAUGCGAAGGUGUAACAGACACAAGUUUGGGUAGAGUAUUAUAGAUCCUCUUUUGUAAAUUUGUUUCUGGAAGUUUAGACCAAUACAUUGUUGUUGUCACAACAAGAAACUCACACUUUUUUGUCUC